GGCGCGACGGAGAGCCCCAGCACGGGGCGGAGAGCGGGGAGCGGACCGCCGGAGUGGGGCAUUGCGGAGAGUGAGGGCCGGACCGAGCCGCCCCAAAGGACCGAUGCGCCGGGUGGGGCGCUGGCCCCGGAGGGCGUGAGCCGCCCGCAGAUUGAGCAACUUAGGAACGCGCGGGCGGAGCGCGGGCGAGCCGGGCGCCCAGGACAGUCCUGCGGCAGGCGGGUGAGCCGGCCGCGCCCUCGCCCCUCCCGGGCCUGCCCCCGCCGCGGCUGGCAGCGCGGAGUCCCGCAGCCCCGGUCCGGGUCCGACGUGGCAGGCUGCGAGCACGACCGCCCCCAGGGUGCUGCGAGGUGGCGCGACUCACUGGCCCUCAGGUUGGUUUUUGGAGGUGUCCCUGCUGAAGUGACAAAGAGUUCUCCCAUGUGACACACCCUGAGGUGCCUUUGGGGAAAGCUCUCUGGACCUCCCAAUGGGCUGAUGAAGAAGUGGGCUCCCCACACCCUCUCUGUCCCCAACUAAGAUUAUGGUGGAUUUGGGAUACGGCCCAGGCCUGGGCCUCGUGCUGCUGACCCAGCCCCGCAGGCAUUAGCCAGAGCCCUGUGUUGUCCACCCCCCCAGAGACCACCCCUCCUACCAGGGGCCUGGAGCUGGCAAGUGACUAUGCGGCUUGGGCUGUGUGUGGUGGCCCUGGUUCUGAGCUGGAUGCAUCUCGCUGCCGGCAGCCGGGGGAUCAAGGGGAAGAGGCAGAGGCGGAUCAGUGCGGAGGGGAGCCAGGCCUGUGCCAAAGGUUGUGAGCUCUGCUCUGAGGUCAACGGCUGCCUCAAGUGCUCGCCCAAGCUGUUCAUCCUGCUGGAGAGGAACGACAUUCGCCAGGUGGGCGUCUGCUUGCCUUCCUGCCCACCUGGAUACUUCGAUGCCCGCAACCCCGACAUGAACAAGUGCAUCAAGUGCAAGAUUGAGCACUGUGAGGCCUGCUUCAGCCACAACUUCUGCACCAAGUGUAAGGAGAACUUGUACCUGCACAAGGGCCGCUGCUAUCCGGCCUGUCCCGAGGGCUCAGCGGCCGCCAACGGCACCAUGGAGUGCAGCAGUCCUGCACAAUGUGAAAUGAGCGAGUGGUCCUUGUGGGGGCAAUGCUCCAAGAAGAAGAGGCUCUGUGGCUUCCGGAGGGGCUCUGAGGAGCGGACUCGAAGGGUGCUCCAUGCCCCAGGUGGGGACCACGCCGUCUGCUCCGACACCAAGGAGACCCGCAGGUGCACAGUGCGGAGGACGCCCUGUCCCGAGGGACAGAAGAGGAGGAAAGGGGGCCGGGGGGAGAACGCCAACAGGAACCUGAGCAGGAAGGAGAGCAAGGAGGUGGGUGCCGGCGCUCGGAGACGCAAGGGCCAGCAACAGCCGCAGCACCAAGGGACAGUGGGGCCGGUCACGCCUGCGGGGCCCACCUAGGGACAUCCGUCACCUCCAGGCCCUCACAGAAAGAGUCCAGCGCUGCUCUGUGUGAUGGAAGCUUUACCGAACUGGAGCGCUGGGGGCAAAGUGUGCACACACUCUCCAUACAUAUAUGGACACACAGACACACACACAGGGCUCAUGUCCAAACAUGCAACCAACAUACAUGCGCGCGCACACACACACACACACACACGAUCAAGGCCACUGGAAGACACUUCUCUCUCGGACAUCACCGCAUGAACAGGGUGGGGAGGUGGAGGGGUCACCUUUGCCUGGCAGAGGGCCCAGUGGAACAGACUUGGUUUGAGAUGCUCCUAAGGGAUAUGUCAGAGGGACCAUUUCCCAGCGUCCAAGCCCAAACAGAGUGGGGCCUUCUGGAGGAGCCGAUAGGAUCUGCCCAGUGUGGCAGACAGGCACCAAAGCUUGAGGACUGUUCAGCAUUUCCAGCUGUGUGACUUUAUCAUUGGAGAGUAUUGUUUCACACCCAUGAUCCGUAUCAGGGCUGCCCCGACUCUGAAAACUGCUUACAGGUUUAUUUCAAAUUAAAAACAAAACCAAAUGACAACGGUAGCCACGGGCAUCACAUUCCUUCACAGGGUGCAGGAAUUCAUGGGGUAUGUGGGAGCAAGACGGGACAGGGCUGAAUUUUGAGAGACCCCCCCCCAAUGGCCUCCUGGACAGAGGGGCCAGGGCAGGAAAAAAACUUUGAGGAUACUCUGAGGGUGAUACCCAGCUUCUCUACAGCCUUGUUACUCAGAGUGUGGUCUGUGGACCAGCAUCCAUGUUCUCACCGGGCAGCUUGUUAGAAGGGAGAGUCUCAGGUCCCAUCCCAGACCUGACGAACCAGAGUCUGCAUUAUAACGAGGUCCCGGGUGACGGGCAUGUACAUUCAAGUUUAAGAAGCUCUGCUCCGAUCACCUCUACGGAUAGAACAAACGUCCUGGCCAGCUUGCCACAAGAGGGAUUCUGGUCCACUAUAAAGGAAGACUUCCCAACUGGGAGCGGUAGAAUCUGAGUCCUAGAACACUAUAGUGGCACCCUAGGGGGAGGGGGUGCUCAGGCUCUCUGGGACGGUUGGGGACCGUUGGAUCCAAAGGCAGGACAGCGGACAGCAUGACCUCCUGUGGCAUCUGAAGUGUCCACUGGCAACCAUAUGCGUGCCAGGCCCUGGACUGAGGGGUUUCUUGGGGGAGCCAGGCAUGGGCCUUGCUCUCCUGGAAUAAGAAGUUGAUAGGGGUGACAGGCAUGAACCAAGGGAUCAUUCCAAUAAAUGUGUAAUUACAAAUGGGUGGGGUUAAGGCCAGGCAACCACCGGCACAUACACAGAGCUAUGAAAGUGAAUAAAAGUGAAUAAAAAUAAGACUUUAUCUCAGGGAAGCUUUUCAGAGGAGGUGGUAUUUGAGCCAAGCUCUGAAGGAUGAGUAGGAGUUAAGACAAAGAGAAGGAAUGGUAUUCUAGACCAGUGCUGUCUGCUAGAAAUACCAGACAAGCCACUUAUGUAAUUUAAAAUUUUUCUAGUAGCCACAUUUAACGAGUAAAAAGCAACAGGUGAAGUUAAUUUUAAUUAUAGCUUUUAUUACACCAAAUAUAUGCUAAAAUGCUAUCUUUCUAACGUAAUCAAUAUAAAAAUUAUUAACAACAUCUUUUACAUUCUUUUUUUUUCUUCAAACUAAGUCUUCAACAAUUCUCUGUAUUUUUACACCUCACAGCAUACCUUAAUUUGGACACUAUAAAUUUUCACCAGAAAUACUUGACUUGUAUUUAGAUUUCAUAAAAAUUGAAAAGUAGACUCACAUCCUGAAUUCCUGCUUCAGGAAUAGUUAACAGUUUUCCAAAGAUUGAAUUGACUAUGUUUUAAAUUUUUAAUUUAAUAAUUAAAAUUAGGUAAUAUUAACGAUUCAGUUCUUCGGUUGUACCAGUUGUGUUUCAAGUGCUCGCUAGCUACACGUGGCUAGUGGCUACUGUGUUGGACAGCAGAGUUCUGUAUAGACGGCAUUGCACAUGCAAAUGUCCUGUGGCAGAAAGGAGCAUGGUGUUCAAGGAACUGAAAGAAGGCCCAAUAUAGCUGGAAGGCCUGGAGGGCAAGUGAGAUGAGAUGAUUCUAGAAAGGUCUCCUGUGGUUGGGUCUUUAUUCUCAGAGCCAGAGGAAGCUGCUAAAGGGUUCUAAGCAGCCAGCCAAGAUGACCAGAUUUGUAUUUGGCAAAGAUCCUGGUGGCUGUAAUGUACAAGACAGACUGGAGGGAAGCUGCAUCGGGGGCUAUUGCUGUCAUACAGGUGAGAGGUGUCGGAGACACGGACUAGGGUGGAAAUGGAGAGAAGUGGAUAAAGUGACAAGGCAUUUGGAGAAUAAAGUUGGCAGAGUUUGGUGAUAAACUGGAUGUGGAAGAGGGAAGAAAGGGAGAGGAGGUGUCAAGGACAAAGUCCCCAUUUCUGGCUCGAACACCCCCAGGGUGAUGGUUCAGUGUUCUGAGAUGGGGAACCGGUCAGGAAGGCCAGAUUGGGAGGACAAGGUUUUGAUCACGUUAAGUGCGAGGUGUCUUUGAAACAUCCUGGUGACCACGGCGAGUAGAUGGUGUGUAGACACAAAUGCAGGUCUAGUGUGCGCAGGACAUGUCGGAGCUGGAGCAUGAACUGGUGUAGAGAAGGUAAUUGAGGGUUUGGAAGAGGUCGCAUAAAAAGAGAGCUGGGGACUCAGCUGUGCGGGCUUCCAGGUACAAAGAUCAGAUAAUGGGGAUCAGCUGGCCGAGAAGGCAGAGAAGGAGCAGAGGAGAGGGAGCCAGGGAGUCCGCAAGCCGUAGAGAGGUCACAAGGACCUAAGGUGCUCAGGGACCAAGUAAACGAGAACUGGAAAUGGACCGUUGGACUUAUAACACGUGUGCCGAUAGUAACCUCAGCAGGAGCCAUUCAGAGCGGGCAUGGGGGCAGAAAUCAGUACAGAAAAUUCCUUCGGGAAGUUGAGCAGAGAAAAGGGAAAAAGCCUGACAGGGGCUGGAAAGAGAGAUGGAGGUAGAGAGAGUCCUUUUUUUCUUUUCUUUUCUUUUUUUUUAAGGUGGGAAAGACUUGAAAAUAUUUAAAACCCACUGGGAAGUGUCCAGUUCAGAGAAAGAGGUUGAUCCACAGGAGAACAAAGGGGAAACCAGUGGUGGAAGGCUCCCAGCGGAGGGACAGCUAGACGGGAGCCUGGGGAGGCUGGUGCAGGUGAGGGAAGGAUGGAGGUUUGGAAGGUGGGGGAUCUCAGGUGCGUGCACUUGACCUUCUGUGGGGCUCUUCCCACCCAUACCAGAGAGCCCCCUCACUGCAGGCCAGGAUUUGGAGCCUGAGCUGCAGCCUGGGGAUCCGGCUGCCCACUGCCUCCUCUCCCUGACCCUGGCGCUAUCUUUGCCAUCUCUCUGGUCAUCUGUCUUCAUCUCCGGUUUUGGUCUCUACCUCUGCCCCUCCCUGUUUCUCUGACUCUGUCCUCCUCUGUCCCUCUUUCCAUCACUGUGUCUUUCUCUUUUCCCGCCUCAGCCUCUGAUUCUAGUCUCUCUGUUCUUCUGCCUCUCUUCUAGGCAUCAACCCUCAGCCCUUCUGUGUCUUGGCUGCCUCUGGCCCUGGCGUGUCCUAAUCUCCCAGAUCCCCUAGGUCCUCAAUACUCAAAGUGUGGCCAUAGAUCAGCAACCUCAGAGCCUAAGAGUGCAAAAUCUCACUCCCUUCCUUGACCUAAAGACUCUGAAUCUGCCUUAGAUCCCCAAGUCAUUCACAUGCAUAUUAAGUGUUUGAGAAGCAUUGCCUUAAGCUUUCCUUUAAAACAACAUCAAAGCAAAAAUCAGAAUCUUAGAACUUGGAAUGAUCCGAAUCCUCCUGAAUCUCCUGUGUCACCUUGGUGAUACUCUAAGGCAUUCAGCUUCUCUGCAUCACCUCCUCGAGCCUCCUAAAGUUGCUCCUGAAGCUCUAGGCCACUAAGGAAGGGAACAUAACGUGGGCUUCUGUGGGUCCUGAGCUUCCAUGCCUGCAGAAUUACUGGUGGGAGGGAAGUCUCCUGACACCAAUGCGCUGGGUGCUUCCCAGUGGGACUCUAGUCCCUCCUUGAAAAGUUAGCCCACCUGGACCUGUCUCACCCCUGUCUGUCUCUUCUUAUCCUUUCAAGACUAAGAAUGGUUUUUUGAGCUGGUGGCAGGGUGUGGGUUUCACGAUGGGGUUCAGUUACCUGCGCACAGCCCCAGAAGCAACACACCUGAGGCUGGAGACCGUAAAGAUUGACCAGAAGUCACACUAGGUGAGUUUCAGAGUGAGCAGGUGCUGGAGAGAGGGAGUCCUGGCGAGAUUCCUAACCCUACUCCCGGGUUUAGACAAACACAGCACCUGAUUCGUAUGUGGCUGUUAUGUGCCCACGUUGUCAUUUGGGAAGUGUUAGCUUUGCCUCUCGAUGGGGUCUCGACGGGGUCGCAGAUCUGUCCCGACUAAGACAUUUCUGGCCACCUUAGCCAGUGCCAGCUCUGGUAUGUUUCAGACCAAGUCUCUAGAGAAUGGAUUUGUUUUCCACUUCAGUAUUUUGAGUGAUGGAGUUGUUUUCUGGAUUUGUUUUUUUAAGUGGUUUUUCCCCUCUCUGGUUUGUUUGGUUUGGUUUGGUUUAGAAGGAAUGAGAGAGAAUUUAGGAAAAAGGGUCAGCUUCCUGGGCCCCAUUCAAGCCUUUGACCCAGGGCCAGUCACUGAGGUGAUGCCUUUGUGCCCCAACUUCUCCAGCUGUGGUCCGGACCAGACUAAGUGGACAGCAGGUGAAAACCCCGGUGAAAGUGGUAAGGAAGGGGAAAAGCAACCAGAGAGUGCAAGUUCCAUUUUGGAGGAUUAAAGAGAUUCACUGCAAAGGGGUUGGAGCACUGUCUGGCUAGUAAAAGUGAGCAGGAACAAAAGCCUUGUUCUAGGGGAGUAGAGGAGAUCUAAAGAUUAGAUGCCCCCAGGGUUGCUGAGGCCGAGCAUACCAGAGCUGGGUGCACCUGCUUUGGUGUGGUGUACCUCCUGGCUCUCCCAAGGGAAAGAACUGACAUGGGGUGAAGAAUAAACAGGUUUUGGCUGGAGGCUUGGUGGAGUCUCCUUCAGCAUCACAGAGACCCUGGACGAGCAGCCGCGGAUGGGGAUGGUGGGAGAGCUACGAAACUGGGACCCCCUUUCUCUGGCCCCUUCAGCCUGCCAGGUCGGUGGUGAGAAGGAUUAGAGACCCAGGCCAGUGGCUAGAGAAGGUGGCUUGGGUCCUACCCUAGAGCCUUCCAGAACUUAAGUAGGAAAUUGCGAAACAGAGCUACAUUUUGAAAGAGAAAGUAUGUGAAAUAUGGCUCCUCCCUCGCCUGUUCGCUCUCCCGGAGCUUGGUGCAGGGAGGUGGGUGAGAUGGAUUCCUGGCUAGACUCAGGCGGGUGUGGGAAAGAGGGCAGAGCCAAGCCCCCAAGGGCCCCUCAGGCCAGGCCACACCAGCUGCCAGCCUUUGAUUAUUGAUUAUUGUGAUUGGGAUGUACUUUUACCAUCUGUUGAGCAUCAGCCUGGCCCAUGGAGAAGGCCAGUUCCUUCCUCUGGCUAAAAAGGCUGGCUUCUGAGGGCUCCCUCUGCAACCCAAUAUGUACCAUGGGCUGCUGAUUAAAUACUUGGAAUGUCUUCAGGUCGAGCCAGGCCUAUCCAUAAAAUGGGAGGCAUUUUGGCAGUUCCAAGGCCCCUGGCACCCAGUCUUGGCACUAGCCCGGCUGUCUUCUUCAAGGAGCUGGGGUGGGCUUCCCGCCAGCAUGCUUCCCUGGGAAACAUCGAAGUGAGUUAAAGUCAACAAUGAGUUCAUCUCCAAAAGGAAUAAGCCGGCAGCCUUCAGGGCAGGGGAACAGGAAGGGGGGCGGGGAGCAGGGAUUGGGGGGCAGUGGAGGCGGUUAAGUGAUGCUGGAACAGCCAGACCAGAUCCAAGCCUGUCAAACAAGCUGGCAGCUCCAGGAACAAAGAAAAGUGCUUUCCCAGGCCAGCCCUGGAAAGCUCACUUGGCAAAGGUGGUCACAAUAAGGAUGUCACAAUCCCAGGGACCAUGGGAAGUGUCCUCUCAAGGACUGGGCGCUGCAACAAGACACCGACAUGGAAAGAGGCUCGGGCGGUGGGGCUGGUGCAUCCGUGAGCUCUGACUCUGCUGUUCCCCAGCCUGUCUUGCUGGCAGACGAGGAUGGACACUGGGGCCGGUGAGCUCCACUGUCUCCUGCUGGAGGAUGGAUGCAGGAGGACCUAGGUGUGAAGGCCACACGAAGAGCCGGCUCACGAUUGUUGGAACCUGGCAUUUUAGUCUGAGCAUCUCUGUUACUACAUUUAUUUAUCUCCAAGGGCUUUGCAUUUGGAUAAUGGUUCCCGAGCUGAGCCCGUGGCUCACUUCUGCGCUCUUGACCGCCAGGGGCAUGAGGAAUCCACACCCUUAAUGGCAUCAGGCUGCUCUGGGCUCACUGGAUCCAAGGCGCUGUGGGCCUGGGGAGCCAAUGGCAGAGCAAAGCCCAAAGUGAGCCGCACUCUGGGACUGGCCUGAAGCCAGGGCCACCUCCCUUUGGGCAACUGAGUGGCGUUAGGGCCUGCCAGGGCCACCUCAAGGGCUGGGCUCCCAAUGGAGGGUGGGGAGCAGCGCCUCCUCGCUUGGGACACAAAAGCCUGAUGCUGGCCCAGCAGCCGAGAUACGAUAUGGAGAACCCAUCCCGUUCAGCCCUCCUCGGAUCCGCCCCUGGGGCUGGGAGCCUGGCAACAACUGCCUCGAAUCUAUACUUGGUUUUUCUCCCAGGGGCAGGACUGCUGCCGACAGACUGCGUUGGAUUUCUCCCCUGCCCUCUCACUUGCUCUCACAAGGUACUUUAUUGUACGAGGUAUUUGCCUACCAUGCAUAUUUAUAAUUCUUUCCCUGCCACCAAACCAACAAAAUGUCCACAGACAUUGCAUCUCAAUUUCUCACAAGCACAUUCUCAUCACAUUCCCAUGGCUUGCCCUUCUCCUAGUCCCCUCUUUAAAAAAGAAAAGAAAAGAAAAGAAAACACCAACCAAGCAACCUGCUUAUCCUUCUGGUCCUAGUGAUUGCUCUCCAUGUUGGCCGAGUGGGUGUUUCCACUCUCCCAAGAGCUUCUUUGGGGUCCUUCCCAACUUUCCUUUUGAUGUGCAGACACAGAUUCUUCCCAGGCCAUAUUUCCUCUGCAUUUUUGACCAAUUGCUUUUGGCCUUUGUUACGACAGCCUAGAUGUUCGUUGAAUGAAUGAAAAAAAGUGAAUGAAUGGAGAGGUCCCCCUUGAGUGGGUUUGUUGUCCUACUAUCCCCGGAGAGCAUAAUUAUUGAUUGUGACUACUCUUUUUUUCCUUCUGGGAGGAAAAGUAAGGCCAGAAUCAAAGUUCAUUAGGGCCUGGAACCAAAAGCAACCUGACCUUGAUCUUUUUGUCAUUUGGCCGCCACCAGUGGGGACAACCCAGGUUGCCAGUCAUCUCCAGCCACUCCCAUCCCCCUUCCCAUCUACUCAUCUACUCAGAACUACUCAGUGGGGCCUGAUACAAAUGAAAUUUCAGAGUUCGGUGACUUUGUCUGCACUGUUCCUUCUCCCUAAAAUGUGCUUCCCCUGUGCUCUUAUCUGUGGAUCUUCUACUUUUAUCUCCUACCCAGACGGAAUCAUUGUGUGAAGAAGCUCGCCAUACGGCUAUCUCCUCCCCUCUCUGUAUUUCUAGGCCUGCGCACCUUUAUCACACCCCCAUGUCGAUGUCCCCAGCCGUAUGCCAGCUCCUGAGAGCAGGGACUGUGGGAUUCAUUGCUGCAUUCCCUGCUCUUGCACGUCCCACCAAGGGGUGGGUAACCGUUGGAAGCAGACAAGUAAUAACCAUGGCAAUCGUUUAUACAGCCCUGACACUACUCUCAGCCCUUCACUUGUGCCGCCUCACUUAAUCCUCAACCCAGCCCUGCGAGGUGAAUCCUGCGAUCAUGCCCAUUCUGCCGAUGAGGACACCGAGACGCGACCUGGUGAAGGUAUGUGACCAAGGGCACGCAGCUAAUGAAUGGUGGAGCCGGGACUGGAACUCAGGAAGUUCGGCUGCAUUACCGCCCAGCGGUGUGAAAACUCACAUUUUUGCACAUGCUUUUCCUCACCUGCGGGCUGUGAUUCCCAGCCCGUUCAGGUCUCACUUGUUUAUUGGGAAGAGGAACGGGAUCCAGGGGGUGGACCCCAUGAGCUCACCAAUAAUGCCAGAGGGUCCUCACGGCCCUGCUGCCAGGCCCUGCCUCUCCCCUCCGCCCCUCCCCAGGGUCCAUUGCUCGUGAAGCUGCUCAAGACUGCCUUCGUACCGCAUGGCCGCCACCGUGGGGGCCGGUGUCGGGCCAUGGGGACCGCCUCGGGACGCUCUGCUCCUACAGCCGCCCAUGCUGACAGCAGCUCCUGAAGAUUCCCAUGCACCGGAACCACUUUGGGCCAAGCUGAGAGUCUCUUCUCUAUCUGUGUUGUGCUUGGCCUCAAGGUCACCAAAGGUGGUCCCAUAAAGACCCCGGACAAAGGGGCUCUUUGGAUUUCUGGCUGAAGCUUCAUUCUCUUUGGGGCCUAGAAAAAAAAUCUCAGGGCUCUGCCCGGGGACCGAUAGACCCGUGCUGAGCCACCCAGACCCCCCUUUCCCCUACACAAGGCUCCCUCUGCCCCCUCCCCAGGAAAUUUAAACCUCUGUGGAGAGCCCCCUGCUAGUCCACUAAUGUAUCAGCUGCACUCAGGGGUACGGCCAACCUGCUCGUUUGAAUCCCCCAGGCAGAAAAAAAAAAGCAAAAACAAAACUAAAUGUCCCUCCGUAUUGGGACAGACAGGGUCCACUCUCAGAGGGCAGUGGCAACUGACAGCCAGCUAGAGUCAGGUACAUGCCUACUCAAUGCACAGAACAUACUCCAGAGCCCUAGCAUGGGGUGUGGGCAAGCUUUUUCUGCAAAGAGCCACAGAGCUACUCAUCUCUGUCAUUGCAGUGCAAAAAAGCAGGUGUAGAUCAUGUGUAAACAAAUGGUGGGGCUGUGUUCCAAUAAAACUUUA